UUCGGGCAACACUCACCUCUACAUCAAACAAAUAUAAACUCCACAAGAGUUUUAAGGAAGGGCCUGGGGACAAUGGCUUUCAUGAGUAAAUUAUUUCUCUAUGUGCUCAUAGCUAUUCUAGGACUUUGGCCAUCUAAAGCCCAGUCCCGGACCCUCCACGAAGCGCCGACCAUGUUAGAGAAGCACGAGCAGUGGAUGUCUCAGUUUGGGCGUGUCUAUGCCAAUGAGACCGAGAAGCAGACACGAUUCGCAAUAUUCAAGAGCAAUCUUGAGUAUAUUGAGUCUGUCAAUCGAGAUGGAAGCAAGCCGUACCGGCUAGGGCUCAAUGCGUUUGCUGACCUGACAAAUGAGGAAUUCCGGACUACUCGAACUGGUUACAAGCCCAGCUUUCACUCAAAGUCGUCAGUCAGAACAUCACCUUUUAGGUAUGAGAAUAUAUCUGAGAUUCCUCCCAGCAUGGAUUGGAGGCAGAAAGGAGCUGUAACACCCAUCAAGUACCAAGGAAAUUGCGGAUGUUGUUGGGCAUUCUCCGCUGUGGCAGCUGUGGAGGGGAUUCACCAGCUCAGUACUGGUAGCCUGACCUCACUGUCGGAGCAAGAGUUGGUGGACUGUGUUGCCGAUAACUAUGGCUGCAAGGGCGGAUGGAUGGACACAGCCUUCAAGUACAUUAUUCAGAACAACGGCCUGACCACAGAAGACAAUUACCCCUAUCUAGCAGUUGAUGGCACUUGCGAUGCUGGCAAAGCAUCCUCACCUGCAGCAACAAUCACUGGAUAUGAGGAUGUGCCAGCUAACAGCGAGUCUGCUCUACUGAAUGCAGUGGCCAAGCAACCGGUUUCUGUUGCCCUAGAAGGCAGUGGGAAGGACUUCCAAUUUUACUCUAGUGGUGUAUUCAUGGGAGAGUGUGGAACUGAAUUGACCCACGCGGUCACCGUAGUGGGGUACGGGAUUGGCGAAGAUGGCACCAAGUACUGGCUGAUAAAGAACUCUUGGGGUACCACAUGGGGAGAAGAAGGCUAUAUGAGGAUAGCGAGAGAGAUCGAUGCUGCGGAAGGAUUGUGUGGUAUUGCCAAGAAAGCAUCCUACCCAACUGCUGCUUGACUUCACUUUUCGGCAGGGGGAGAAGAUAUUUUCAAGUAACUAAUCAAAAUGCAUGCGUCCGUCGCAUGUUAGAGGUUAUGUCUAAUUAAUAUUAAUGUCACUUUAUGUAUUCCUUUCUACAUUGACAACGCUAGACGUAUCAUGUCUAGAGGUCAAUUAGAAAAUUAUGAUAUGCUGCAUUAAAUUACACUCUUCCAUUUCUCUUCACUUAAUGAACACGAGAAGAAAACUUAGUAUCUAUGCUAAUACUUAUUAAGAAUAUGUGACAUGUUUUAU